CACAGAAGAGCUUGGGAUGUGGGCCCAUGCUCCUUUACCGUUCAGUUCAAUUUCCCUCCCUACAAAUAUCUAUCUUAUCAUCAAUCUUUCCCUCCAUUUUAACAAUGCUUUCACUCUUUGCCCAUCUCUCACUUACUCCAUCAAGCCGACCCGAUAACCCGACCCACAACCCCAAACUGCAUUCCAACCCGACCCAUCUUCGUAAAGACCCUAUUUUGACACGCCAACAAAACGAAUUUGACCUCGCCGGUAAAAACUAUUCCGGCGCCGGAGCUUCGCCGGAGGAGGAAAGAAGUUCAAUUCCAGAUGGUCUCCGGAGGGAAUUGAUGCCGGAACAUGUGGCAGUGAUUAUGGAUGGAAAUAGGAGGUGGGCCCGGAUGAGAGGAUUGCCUUCCGGAUCGGGUUAUGAAGCGGGUAUUCGGGCUUUUAGGGUUUUGGUGGAGCUUUGUUGCAAAUGGGGGAUUAGGGUGCUUACUGUUUUUGCCUUUUCUUCUGAUAACUGGGUUAGACCUAAAAUGGAAGUUGAUUUCUUGAUGAAUUUGUUCGAAAAGGGAAUUAAAGCUGAACUGGACAACUUUAUGAGGGAGGAUAUUAAGGUAUCUAUAAUUGGGGAUCCAUCUAAGCUCCCGACGUCACUGCAGCGUUUGAUAGCGCGUGUGGAGAAAAACACAAAGCAUAAUACUGGACUUCAUCUUGUUGUUGCAGUUAACUAUAGUGGGAAGUACGAUAUUGUGCAAGCUUGUCAAAGUAUUGCUCAGAAAGUAAAGGAUGGCCUGAUAGAACCAGAAGAGAUUAAUGAGUCAUCUAUUGAACAAGAACUUGAAACAAACUGUGCUGAAUACCCGUACCCUGACCUCCUUAUUAGAACCAGUGGUGAGCUUAGAGUGAGCAAUUUCUUUUUGUGGCAAUUGGCCUAUACAGAACUAUUCUUUUCAAAAUCACAUUGGCCUGAUUUUGGAGAAGCUGAUUUUGUAGAGGCUUUAGUUUCUUUCCAGCAGAGGCAGAGACGCUAUGGAGGAUAUAAAUAGUAAAGUACCACAGAAACCUAAUGCACACUUUCCUAAAUGAAAGUAGUUCUUGGUGAGUGUCUCGAUGACUUGAGCAGUUAAGCACUUGCCAACUUGAGAUCAAAAUUCAAGAAAGAUGCUGAAUUCAACUGAAGGCCAUUCAUAGAUGAUUGAUUCCUUAUAGUACAAGAGCCUUGUUCAGAAAGGAUAUCAAGAGUAGUUUGUACAGAUUUUGGAGUUCUCAGCAACACUAGGGCUUCCGCGAACUUAUGAUAAAGAAUAGAUGGGUUCGAGAAUUCAACUCCGAGGCAAAACAUGGAUUUCAAAAUAUAAUUUUCCGUGAAGCAGAAUCUGCCUGCACCCCUAGCAUCUGUUCAUGACUGCUCUCCCGGAACCUGACAAUGUACAUGAUAAUUUUUUGAGUAGUAAACAUUUUGUAUA